GGGACGAACGUGCGCGCCCCCGCCUCCGGCCUCUCUUUCUGGUCUCCAUCUUCACCGCGGCGGAAGCAAGACGAGCGUGUCCGAGUCGCCACCAUGCAGCUGUUUGUUCGCGCGCAGGCUCUGCACACCCUCGAGGUGACCGGGCAGGAGACCGUCGCCCAGAUCAAGGCCCAUGUGGCGUCUCUGGAGGGCAUCGCCCCCGAGGAUCAGGUCCUGCUCCUAGGUGGCUCCCCGCUGGAGGAUGAAGCGGUCUUAGGGCAGUGCGGGGUGAAGCCCCUGUCCACCCUGGAAGUGGCUGGCCGCAUGCUAGGAGGUAAAGUCCAUGGCUCUCUGGCCCGAGCUGGAAAAGUGAGGGGUCAGACUCCCAAGGUGGCCAAGCAGGAGAAGAAGAAGAAGAAGACUGGGCGUGCUAAGAGGAGGAUGCAGUACAACCGACGCUUUGUCAAUGUAGUGCCCACCUUUGGAAAGAAGAAGGGUCCCAAUGCCAACUCCUAAUCCCCUGGUACUUUCCCUAAUAAAGCCGCUAUGACUCUA